AUGGUGACGCUGUGACGCUCAGAGACAGGCGGAAACCGUAGAAGAAGAAGAAGCCCGUUUGUAGCGGCAAUGAAAGGACAGCGUGCUACUUACAUUUUGACUAAAACAUAAGUUAAGUCAACAUUAGCGUUAAUAACUGUUGAAGUACAGGACGAGCGUGAUCCCAUCUUCAGAAAAGACUCCUAGGACUGCGUCGGGAAGAUGUCUUUGUUUUGUGCAAUCUCCAACGAGGUGCCGGAGCACCCGUGCGUCUCCCCGGUGUCCAACCAGGUGUUUGAGCGCAGGCUGAUCGAGAAGUACAUCGCAGAGAAUGGGACGGACCCGAUGAACGGACAGCCCUUGUCUGAGGAGCAGCUCGUAGAUAUUAAAGUGUCUCAUCCUAUUAGACCAAAGGCUCCAUCAGCAACAAGCAUCCCUGCCAUUCUCAAGUCUCUUCAAGAUGAGUGGGAUGCUGUUAUGCUUCACAGCUUCACCCUGCGGCAGCAGCUGCAGACUACUCGCCAAGAACUGUCCCACGCCCUCUAUCAACAUGAUGCCGCCUGCAGAGUCAUCGCUCGACUCACCAAAGAGGUCACUGCUGCUAGAGAAGCUCUUGCCACCCUCAAGCCCCAGGCUGGAUUGGUUGCCCCUCAGGCUGUCCCAGCCUCUCAGCCAGCUGCAGCAGGUGCUGGUGGAGAGCCUAUGGAGAUUAGUGAACAGGUGGGAAUGACCCCAGAGAUCAUCCAGAAGCUUCAAGACAAAGCUACCAUCCUCACAACAGAAAGAAAGAAGAGAGGAAAAACUGUGCCAGAGGAGCUGGUUAGAGCUGAAGAUCUCAGCAAAUACCGCCAAGUUGCCUCACAUGCUGGUCUUCACAGUGCCAGUGUCCCUGGUAUUCUGGCUCUGGAUCUGUGUCCCUCAGACACCAACAAAGUCCUCACUGGUGGAGCUGAUAAGAACGUGGUGGUGUUUGACAAGAACGAGGAGCAGAUUGUGGCAACACUGAAGGGUCACACCAAGAAGGUCACCUCUGUCAUUUACCAUCCAUCGCAGUCUGUGGUCUUCUCUGCAUCUCCAGACAACACCAUCCGCGUGUGGUCCGUCACCGGGGGCAACUGUGUCCAGGUGGUACGUGCUCACGAUGCAGGCGUCACUGGACUCUCCCUGCACGCUACUGGGGACUACCUGCUCAGCUCCUCAGAGGAUCAGUACUGGGCCUUCUCUGAUAUCCAGACUGGUAGAGUCCUUACCAAAGUCACUGAUGAAAGUGCUGGCUGCGCUCUCACCUGUGCUCAGUUCCAUCCUGAUGGUCUCAUUUUUGGCACCGGAACUGCCGAUUCCCAAAUCAAGAUCUGGGAUCUGAAGGAGCGUACCAAUGUGGCCAAUUUCCCAGGCCACUCUGGCCCCGUCACCUCCAUUGCUUUCUCUGAGAACGGAUACUAUCUGGCCACAGGUGCCCAGGAUAGCUCGCUGAAACUGUGGGAUCUGAGGAAACUGAAGAACUUCAAGACCAUCACUCUGGACAACAACUACGAGGUGAAGUCCCUCGUGUUUGACCAGAGUGGUACCUACCUGGCUGUAGGAGGGUCCGACAUCCGUGUCUACAUCUGCAAGCAGUGGUCUGAGGUCCUCAACUUCACAGACCAUUCAGGACUGGUGACUGGAGUGGCCUUUGGAGAAAAUGCCCAGUUCCUGACAUCUGCAGGAAUGGACAGAAGUCUCAAGUUUUACAGUUUGUAGAAAAGAUUGAUUCAGGAUGAUGGGAGGAAAACGACUAAGAGGAGGAUAUGUUUGUUUCUGUCUAAGCUGUCACAAUCCGGGAUACUGACUCGGCAUAGACCUGUAAUUUUUAGUAAAGAAGACAACAAAAAAUCACUGCUAACUUUACUUCUUUAGUGUUUGUCCAUAAAUGAGAUCCCAUAGAAUGACCACGUUUAGGGCGACAUGUUUGUGAGACUGAAGUGUAAAUGAUGUGAAAGAUACAGAAGCCAGUGUAAUAUUCCUGUCUGAUUUGCAAGAAAAUAUGAUUUUGCUGUAGUAUUUGUUUUUUUGUGUGUGUGUGGGGAUCUAAAGAUGCUUAUAAUACAAUUCCAGUGUUAUAUUACACUGUUGGGACUAAUUGGUGUGACCGCAAUCUGCUUUGAUCCAUAAUGUAGACCAGCUUCAUUACAGUAUCUUUAGGGUGACAUGAAAAUACUUUGUAGUGACGUACAAUACAGCAAAGAAGAAAAUGAACAGGUGUAUGAGAUUCAUGAUCCUCUGUGAAAAAAUGUAGUCUUGUUUAACCUCCCUUUUACUUUCAUUACCAAUUUCAUUUGUUUUCAUUUAAACAUUGGUCUUUUUUCAAUUGUAUAUGUCUCAUUACUUGCUAUUUUACCUGUUGCAACUCUUGUCCUUUUACAGUAAAAUAAAAUAUCUUUUGUAUUGCCAUUCAUCUGUUUGUCAAAUCAAGGGCACCAUUGUGUCCACUACAGGAAUUAAAAUCAUAUCCGUUUCAUA